AGUGAGGACGUGGCGCGGCGGAAACCCGGACGAUUAGGAGCACGAAGACGCUGCAGUGUUGUGCGCAAACUCAGAGAGUCUCCGGCGGUUGUGUUUUCCUCCACGUGGACCCCGUCAUUGACCAAAACACUCCGGUCUCCGUGGCAGGAAGAGUGCGCGCGUGCUUGUCCGCCGUUGCGCAGUGCAGAAGGCGACGCGCGAGCAGGGCGGUGCGGGGCGGUGCAGAUCUUCCUCUGACAUGAACCUGCAAACACAAACCUGAAGGAAAUAAAGCUAAUAAUUGUCCACACGUCAACUAUGCAGACAGGUAAGCUCCUAAAACAGCUGUGGAGAGCAUUGUCUGUGAUCACACAGUUAUGGUACAUACACACCAGCGACGGUUUAGUGCGCGUACUGCUUCAGUGUAAAUUAAUAUUUACUUACAUUUCAAUACACUCUUAGCCCAUAAAGGACGCUACAGUUUUAUGCUACAACUAGACAAAUGCGGUUCUCCGUUUGUGUUGCUGUGUUAAUUUUACAGUAAAUAUACUACACACUUUAGUAGAAAUACUGAGUUUUUGUCAUUUUUGGGAAACGCUGUGAAGUAAUACUGCAGUUCGUUUUGUGGCAGUCCUGGGUCAUGUAUGAGGCUAUGAGUUAGCUUAGCUCACUUCCCACGGGGAGGGUGCAGCAGUAAACCUAGUAAACUAUUCCGUAUGUCAACAAAUGGGGAUUAUGCGGUGUGUCCUGUAAAUGACACAUCAACACCGAACUGUGUGCUUACAGGAAAAACAAAAUAUCUAUCUCAAGCCGAAGAAGCAGUAACUCAUCUCUCUCCAGAUUACUGUCUUUGUUGUUUAUUGUUUUAAUGUAAUCAAAUCAUAUGCUCUCAGAAACCUGUGACUGCAACCAGGUCAAAAGUGAUUUGUGAUCAUAAUGAGUUUGUAUGCUUACACAGGUAUGCUGGCAGAGUCUCAGCUGGGCAGGUUGCUCCUGUGUAUCCUGUUCCUGUUCUCGCUUAUACAUCUGUGCCUGGCCGCACCAGGGUUUACGGGAACACAAGGGUAAUCUCUCUUAUAUACUCUUUAAGUCCUAUAAAUACACCUGAUGAAAUAUGCUUUUUUUUGGCCUAAUAUUUCCUUAAUCAGUGUCAUUAGCAGCUGAUUUACUCUGUAAAUAUGUAUCACAAUGGGCUGUCUUUAUGAAGCUCUAAAACAACAUGUUAAAUUUUGUAUUUUUCAAAAACAGAUGUUCUGUUGUCACUGACAGAAAAAAAAUAUUAUAUUGUUUAUGUCUGUCUAUCUUUGAUUGCAAAGAAAUGAGAAAUAAAGUUCAGCCAUACUUCUUAAUCUUAUAGGGAAGGAUCCCACUCCUCAGCACCAGCACUAGCCAAUCCCUUCAGCUCUGGAGACGAUGACCGUAGGUGAGUGACACAUAGACAUAGAGCUGCAGUUACACACCCAGAUAACUUUAAGCUGUACAUGUAUUCUCAGCUGCAUGACUUAAAACAGAUGAUUUAAUUCAGUCUCUUAGCUUUGAGCUUAUUAUCCUACAAGAUGUCUUUACUUUGCUUAUUUAUAGCAUCUGAGAAUGAUAGGAUAUGUAUUGAAAGACUAAAUGAGCUUACUGUCAUGCACUGUUUUUCAAACCUCUGUAUUACUUCUUUAGAAGCUUUCACAUCAGAAAAAAAACUGAAUGCAAACCAGAUUCAAAUUUGUUUUGGUGGCCUAGGCAGACACUGUCUGCUCACUGUGUGAACUUUGCCUGCUGUGUUGUGCUAAUGAUGUUUCCUGCAGCAUACUGAUAAGAUUACAUGAAGUAAAACACUGUAGGUGCUUUCAGGACAUAUUUCUUUUUAAAAACGCAGAAAAAAUACAAAUUAUAAUAAAUUUACAAAUGUAUAUAUUGCCAUCUUUAUUCACAUUCUGUUCCCUUAAAGUAUUAUGAACUUCAGCAUCAUGAGUCACACCCGUUUCAUGUUGUAAGGUGAUAAAGUGAAAGAAAUAAUCACUCGGUGGAUUGCCAGCAGUAUGGAGACUACACUGACAUCCACAGUAAAUCUCAAUAGAUUCUUGAUUGGGCUGGUGUGGGGGUUCUAAACUUUACAUUUAAGUAAGGUUCAUGUCCCUCAGCUAAUGCCUAAUCAUAAACAUUUAAUAAUGAUAGAAGAGUUAAUAGAUCUGCACCUUCAUACAUCAUAUUGUGAAAAAACAGCAUCGUCAGUAUUGAGAAUUGGGUGUUGCAGUAUUUAAAAGACAGUAUUUCUAAAUCCUCUCGUCUUUCAAGUGAAUUUCUCCUUUAAAUGUGUUGGCAGUAUAUUUUUUAGAGAAGAAUCUCAGCCAUCCUUAUUUAAGCAGUCAAGUACAGGACUUAACUGUUAAAAAAUCUCUAUUAAAAAAAGGCAGUGUUGGUGAUGUGCAGUCAAUCACUUCAUCUGACAUCUACCCCCUGCAGCUUAAAUAUAGAUCUUUUUGAAUAGUCAGUCUAUAAGCUGAUUGUAUGGUUUCACUUUGCAGCCCACAAAAAGGCAUCAAUAUUAAUCUUGGUCCGUUUCAUAACUAUUUUCAAGUUUCUGUGGGGAACUUUUUUUUAUGUCACUGUGGUGCCCCUUGUGGACAGAGUAGUAACUAAUAUAUAUUUGCUGAUUUUGUCCUGUAUGAGCAUAACAUACCAUGUUUUCUGAUAAAAAAUUCAACUUAUAUUUUUACAUUGCAAAAAACUGUAACACCAAUUGCAAACAUGGAUGUGAAAAAGGUUUGAAAAAGGUUUAUCGUCAUCAGCCUGCUGCAGAUCAUCUCAGCUGAUACCUCUCAUAUCACAGGGACACUGUAGAGGCAUUCAAAUGUUUGAGUCUAAAAUUGUCAGUCUUUCUUUCGAUGGUCUCAUUUGCUUUUUCAGGUUAUUCAGAGGCAUUACUGAUAAUUUCGGUGUGCAUCCCAACAGGGGCUGUAAGGGAGCUUGUACCAUCAACUGUGUUUUAAGAUCAAGUAUCAGGAAAAAUGUCCCUUUUGGAGUUGUUUAAAGGAAUAUGACAGACCCAGCUUUAAACUUAUAAAUUCAGCAAAUGUCCACCUCAAAACAUAAGGAACUCUCAUGAGAUUAUAUUUUCUCCUUGUUUAGAUAGUCAUUUGUCAACACCGUUUAUACAGUGUACACUGAAUUCAAAUCUUGUUCCCUGUGCUGUAUUAACUCCAGGUUGCUACAAAUAUUCAUACAAGCCAGUAUGACAAAUGGCCCAGGAGGACCUGAAAUCAGCACACGAGAGCAAGGUAGACAUGUCUAACUAUGGGAAAAUUCCCUCACUCAAUAUAUCCUGCUGCUGUGUUAAUGUGCAUACAACACUCAAACGUCUCACUAUAUAUCCUCUUCUGUUUAUUUCAUUUAUGUGGUAUUAUGUGAUAUUUAACAUGUUAGUACUUUCUUCAUAACACCUUAAUGGCUAAAAGGGCCAAUGGUGGUGGACACCUCGUCUCUCUUUGCUGCAAGACAAAAAGAUUCAGAAGAUCUUUUGCACCCACAGCCACCAGACUUUACAAUCCUUCUAUAAAUAGUAGAUGACUUUUUGAGACAUGACAAAUGAGACUAUAGACAAUUGAAUUUCCUUCAGGGAUAAAUACAGUUCUUCUUAUUCUUGUUUGUAUCAGAGGUUUUCUACAUGUUUGGUCUCUAUGACUACGAUCAUGGCGGGUUUCUGGACGGACUGGAGUUGAUGAGGCUUGUCUCAGAAUAUAACCACCAUCAUUCACCUGGAGCACAACCGACUGAGCAGGUAAGCAGGAGUGUGCAGGUGUUUGAGUGCUUUUUUGUGUGUACCUUUACAAGCUCAGUACUAUAAAUGGCCUGAUCUGUUAAUCUGAGCUGGAGUUUGCGUAUGGGUGUGCUGAUGUCUGUUUGUGUGUGUGUGCAUGGGCUGUGUUCUGAGUGCAGGUGGUGGCCAUGGUAGAUUUUUUACUCCAGACUCAGGAUCUAAACCAGGACGGCCUGUUAACCCCAUUGGAGCUGCUGUCUCCUCCAUUACCUCUCAUACAGGUACUGUUUUUAUACACAUUACAGCAUGGAAUAGUAUUAUUUAAAAAGAUAUAACAUUGUUUUUAACAUCUUGACCCUUUGGGAAGUAGUUUUAUGUUGACUCCUGGUCCACUCACUGUUUAAAAAGAAUAAAAUAUCAUUUUCCAACCAAACUGAUGCAUUUGUGAAAGUUAAUAGUAAGUUAGUCUUGAGAUUAGGAGUGUUUUACAAAAUCCUAAAUGUUCAUCUUUCAUUAUGUGAGAUAGACAGAAUAUAUUGCAUUAAUGAAAACUGUUUAUUUUAUUUUUGCAAAAUGUUAGAUUUGAUGUAUUUGUCAGCCAUCAGUUUCCGACUAUCAUACUGCAGAAAACUUUUCCCUUUUUUCUUUCUUUUCACUGCUAGAGGCUCCAUUAUGGCAGAAAAUCAUUAUCCUAAUUCCUAUAGUCAAAAAGAUCCCAACAUAAACAUAUGUUGCAAUAUAUAUAUAUAUAUAUAUUUUUUUUUUUUUCUAGAUGUUUAAUGUUACAUAUGCUUUUGGUUUUUUUAAAUUUAUUGAGCUUUGUCAGGUUUUUUCCCUGGUUGAAUGUUUUAUCUUCAGAUGUAGUGACAUUAUCAUAUUUUCUCACCAUCAGGACUCCGUCAACAACGGUGCACCAAAUCAGGAGCAGGGAGUGGCAGUGGAAGAGAAGCUGCCUUACCCCAGUGCUGAUGAAAACACAGUAGGAGAAGAGACCAUAGAGCACAGACAGGGGGUUCAUGAGGAGAUAAAGCCUCAAGAUGAGGACCUCCCUCAACAGGAAGUAAAGCCACAAGAAGAGGAACUAAUGCACUUAGAGGAACAACAUGGACAACAAAUCCCAGAAGCCCAAGCAGCAGAAGAAGGACAGGUCCACCAAGUCCCUGUUCAUCAGGGACAACCAGAGAUGUGAAUACACACAAACACAGACAGAGGUUGCUUUUAAAUAGAGUAAACAGAGGACUGAAUGAAGCAAAAUUACCAUUCACUGAGAUGACAUCAUCUUAAUCAAUUUCCUGGAUUAUGGGCUCUCUCGGUUCAAACUCAGACUACCAUCGGGUUAAUUCUACUGUCACACUUCUCAUAUGGAUGAUACACAAUUAACUGAACCCUUUGCAAGUAGCUCCUAUCAAAAAAACAAGAAUCAAAUGGCUUGGAUUUGAAUUAAAUUUGACUUUUGAAAAGAAACAUGUAAGAACAUCAAAUGCUGUUUCUUAAAGUUAGUACUUUUUUUCAAGGGAUGUAAACACUUUGACUCUCAGUUCUUUGAGUGAAUGUUAAUUUUUUUUUUAUUUGAACACUUGAUUUGCUUUCAUUGUGAGUCUUUUUCCUCUUUUUGUCUCACCUGGAAGAAGAACUUUUAAUGUGGUUGUUGUGUUCCAUGUUGUAAUGUUUUGUUUUGUUUUGUUUUACAAACUGAUUAGCCUUAAUAUCUCUUACUACUCUGGGCUUUAAACCUCAUUGCUGCACCUGGUGUUCCAGGAAAUCAACUUUUGUCUUCCAUGAGAAUUCUUCUCAGCCUAAGCCCUGAACAAAGGAAGUUAUUUUAAGAAAAGCACUCAUUUUAAUGCAGUAAUGGGGAGUUGUUCUUCAUUUGUGCCACACAUGAGUACCAUUCAGAAGUGUUAAACUUUGAUGAUGAUUUUUAUGUGCCUCAAUAAGUCAGGCUUACUGGACAGUACUGUAAUGAGCAUGUGUAUGACUCUGCUAGCUUAACUUUGAAGACUGCAGGCUUUAAUGAAGGUCAGAGAGACUCUGUUUCAAUAACAUCAGACGCAGACUUGAUCUGCCAAGUGUGAAUGUGUUUACAAGAUGAAAAGGUUUACUAUUUGUUGUAUUUUGUUGAACUUUUUAAAAAUAAUUUGAGCACUUUUACAGCAAUGAAAAAUAAAGUAAUUCGUUUAUCACUUUGCCUAUAAA